AUGAGUCAAGAUAUGAGUAUAGUUGAGAAAAACCAAGAGGAUUUAAUGAAUGAUGCUAAAAUUCGUGAAUGUUGGAUUAAAAAUGUUUGCGAUAAUGAUAAAUAUGCAAAAUUUAAAACUAAAGAAAUUUAUGAUUUUAUUAUUGUGGGAGCUGGUACUGCAGGAUGCGUGCUUGCUAGAGAAUUAAUUAAUUGCAUUCCAAAUAUUAACAUCCUAGUAUUAGAAGCUGGAGGUCCUGAUGCCCAUUCUAACAGUUUAAUUAGUUUGCCAUGUGCUUUUUUUAAACUGGCUUUUUUGAAGACUUUCCAAAUGAAUGACAAUGACUGGGGAUAUGUUACCCAGGAACAAAGAAUUCCAAGCCUUGUAGAUCCUACUAAAGAAGUGGUAAAAGAAGGACUUCCUUAUGUACGCGGAAAGGUUUGGGGAGGGCGAGGCCAAGCAAAAGAGUACAAUGAUUGGGCAGCCCAAGAUCCCGAAUACAAUAUUUGGGAUUGGGAUCAUUGUCUAGAAGCAUUUAAAGCAGUAGAAAAUAAUUCACGAAAGAACCCUGAUGAAAAGUUUAAAAAAUUCCAUGGGUUCGAUGGUUUACUUCAUGUACAAGAUAGCUAUAAUGGAAUUUAUGAUGUUAUGUCUGGUUUGAUUGAUGCAGCAAAAAAUCUUGGUAUCCCUUAUAAUGAUGAUUUUAAUGGAGAAAGACAAAAUGGUGUUGGAACAUACCAGUUUACAAUCAAGGAUGGGAGAAGAUGCUCUUUGGCUGAGAGUUAUUUAAAAGAUGCAUUAAAAAAAGUCGAAUUACAUCAAGAUUCGAAAUGUGGUAGUUUCGGAAAGGUUGCAGCGGUAGAUGUUAGAUCAUUUGCUCAUGUAUUAAAUAUUAUUUGGGAUGAGGAAAAUAAAGAAGAGAAUAUUGCAAUCGGCGUAAAAUAUUUUUGUAAUGGUACCGUGCGUGAGGCUUUCAUUGCUCCGAAAGGAGAGGUCAUUCUUUGUGGUGGUGCUAUUAAUAGCCCUCAAAUCUUAAUGCUCUCUGGUAUUGGUCCAAAAGAAAAUCUUGAAUCAAAUAAUAUAAAGGUCCGUAAAGAAUUACCAGUUGGAAGAAAUUUAUUAGACCAUCCGGGUUGUUGUAUCUUCGCUAAAUCAACUCCAAAUGCAAUUAAACAUUGGAAAGGUAUUGUGGAUCCAUCAAUAGAGAUUUAUAAUAAAAAUUCUAAAUUCGAUGGGAUUCUUAUAAUGCCAAUUCUUAAUAUACCAUCAAGCGUUGGUUAUCUGGAACUUAACAGCAAUAAUCCAUUUGAUAAACCAAAGAUUCAUUUAAAUUACUUUGAAAAAUCAGAUGAUUUAUAUAGAAUAAUAAGUUCACUUAAAUUAUGUCGUGAAAUACUUAAACAACCUCCACUAAGUACUACUUAUAAUGUUAAAGAAAUUGGAAUUAACGAUGAAUUUGGACAAUGGUGUACUAACGGAGAUGAUAUGAGUGAUGAAGACUGGGAAAAGCUUAUUAUAAAAAAGGCAUUAAAAAUGGCACCGGAAUCUAAAGAUGGAGUAGUUAAUCAUCGACUUCAAGUUUAUGGUACGAAAAAUCUUCGAGCUGUUGAUGCUUCGAUAUUUCCAUUUAUUCCAAGCGGAAACACUAAUGCACCUACAGCUAUGGUUGCUUGGAGAGCAAGUCGAUUAAUUGCUGAAGAUUACAUGAAACUGUGUUAA